AUGCUUUUCCUUCCAGCCACUGUUAGACAACAGAAUGAUGUAAUCCACAAGCAACUGUCAGCUUUUGGAGAAUAUGUGGCUGAAAUCCUGCCCAAGUAUGUUCAACAAGUUCAGGUGACCUGCUUCAAUGAGUUGGAGAUCUGUAUCCAUCCUGAUGGAAUCAUCCCAGUGUUGACUUUCCUCAGGGAUCACACCAAUGCACAGUUCAAAUCCUUGUCUGACUUGACAGCAGUAGACAUUCCAACUCGACAGAACCGUUUUGAGAUUGUCUACAACCUGUUAUCUCUGCGCUUUAACUCACGGGUUCGUGUGAAGACUUAUACAGAUGAGCUGACACCCCUAGAAUCCAGUGUCUCUGUGUAUAAGGCAUCCAAUUGGUAUGAGAGGGAGAUCUGGGACAUGUUUGGAGUCUUCUUUGCUAACCAUCCUGACCUAAGGAGGAUCCUGACAGAUUAUGGCUUCGAGGGACAUCCUUUUCGGAAAGACUUUCCUCUCUCUGGUUAUGUUGAGGUAGGAGUCUGG